UUAGCUGAUUUUGGCAUAAGUCGAAGGCUGAAUGUGGGUCAAACAACUUUGCGCACUAGUCCUGCUGGAACAAAGUGCUGGAAAGCCAAAGAGACUAUUGAAGAGGACAGUAAUAGUGGCUACAAGAGGAGUUCUGAUAUCCAGGUUGCAGGAAUGUUAGUGUAUUACAUCCUCUCUCGUGGACACCAUCCUUUUGGUAAAGGUGUGUUUUGUGAGAGUAACAUUUUUCAUGGGAUAUAUUCCCUGGAACACCUGGACGAUGUGGUGGAAAAGGAUCUGGUGGAGUGGAUGAUCAGUGACGAUCCAAGCAAGAGGCCUAGAGUUGAGGAGGCCCUUGUCCACCCCUUCUUUUGGACAGAUGACAAGAGAGUGGAGUACUUAAAAAAACUGGGGAAUAUGGAAGAGGUGCAGAACUGCCGCCAGGCUGAAGAGGAGCUCCUUAAAGCACUAGAGGAAAUGACAGUGGGGAAAACCUUCUCAGACUGGGGAGCAAAAUUCCCCUCUGAGCUUGUACAAAAAAUGGAAGGGAGAAAGCCCUACCCGGAGAACAUACUUGGGCUGCUGCGAUUCAUACGGAAUAUGCACGAGCACUAUUCUGAGGAUGCAGAGAAAAUAAACCUCAUGACCUUAUUCCCUGACCUUUUUGGAAAUGUUCUCAAGUUUGCCAAAAAAAGAGGAUGGAACACCAAACCCAGCCUGAGAAAAAUGUUUAACUCACCACCAGUGAUCUGAUAACUGUUCCAUAACUGGACAACAAGGACUGAAGUUUACCCAAAGUAAUGCAAAUUUGACUGACAUCGGCACUGCAACUCCAGCAUUAUGAUUCAAUAAAAAUACAUUUUAAUAACAAAGAGCAAUUUGUAUUAUUGGACAUAAUGGAAUACAGCUGACUUUGAAUAAUAGAAGACUUCGAAUGAACCAAAGAUCAGCAAAAUAUGUCAUUACAGUACAAUUAUACUUUGUUUAGUCAUUUUUCAUAAUAUCAAGGAAUAGCAGAUUUAGGGAGGUUACAUUCUAUUUUUUUAUACAUCAUUGAUCAUGUCUGUAAGAUUCUAUACAGAAAUGUAAACAAUAACUCCAUCACAACUGCUAUUCUAGGCUUUUGAAAUGUGCUUAGUAUGAAAUGACUUAAG